UACAAACCCAAGCUGCAUACUAACAUUGCCCCCUAUAAUCACUCAUUCGACAUACUUCCACAGUCCGCCUUACUUGCUUGUUUCAAUACUACUCCCAAUCGCAUGAAAUAGAAAAAUAAUACUAGGCAUGGAUUUUCUUAAGUCGGCGGUGGCAUCUGCCAUCGCCCAGGGGCCUCCCUUCCCCUAUACCUUUGGCGACAGAGUCGACAUCGACACAUCGAUCUGGACCUUGUACAACGGCACCCGACGGGCCGACGGGUCUAACUGCAGCAUAUUCUCCUUCGACGUGACCGCGAAUAGGGCGCGACUCCCCCUCGCGAAGAAUGCGCUCAAGAAACUUCGCACGAUGAGACAUCCGGGUGUUAUCAGGGUGCUGGACACCGUCGAGACAGAUACCUACAUAUAUAUCGCGACUGAGAGGGUUGUGCCUCUGAGGUGGCACGUCAAGAGGAAGAGUUUAAGUCCCGAGACGAUCAAAUGGGGGUUGUACAGCAUCGCGAGUACGAUUAAGUUUAUUAAUGACGAGGGCUCGUCUAUCCACGGCAGCUUGCGCGUCGCAUCGAUAUACACGUCCGAGAGUGGGGAGUGGAAGCUGGGCGGGUUUGAGAUACUUAGUAAUGUCAAGGAUGACGAGGCCGUGAUUUAUAGGUACGGAAGCUUAGUACCGGAUUCGGCGAGAUAUACGCCGCCGGAGCUCGCGCGGUCGGGUUGGGAUGCUAUCAAGAAAAGUCCGCACUCGGCGGUAGAUGCUUACAAUUUUGGAACUACCAUAUUCGAGGUUUUCAACGGAGAUUUUUUGGGUGGGGACCAGGUUGGGCAGACGAAAGGGAUCCCACCAAGCAUGCAUGCGGGUUAUAAAAGGCUCGUGAAUGCAAACCCCAAAGCCAGGAUCACCGUCGGCGCGUUUUUGGAGCAGGGUCGCCGGUCCGGCGGAUUCUUCGACUCGUCCCUAAUUAAAUUGACCGAGGGAAUCGACAACCUGGGAGUCAAAUCCGAAACCGAGAAGGAAGCGUUUUUGGAUGAUCUCGACCAGCUAACGGACGAUUUCCCCGAGGAUUUCUUUAAAAUGAAAGUAUUGCCUGAAUUAUUGAAAUCGGUGGAAUUUGGGGGUGGUGGGCCAAAGGCGUUCGGUGUCGUUAUGAAAAUCUCUACGAAGCUAUCGAACGAAGAUUUCGAAGCCCGAGUUCAACCGGUUGUUAUUAGACUAUUUGGAAACCCGGACAGAGCUAUACGGGUGUGCCUUUUGGAUAACCUGCCCUUAAUGAUCGACAGACUUUCCCAGAAGGUGGUCAAUGACAAGAUAUUUCCCAACAUGGUCUCCGGCUUCACAGACCUGGCGCCUGUCGUACGAGAACAGACACUGAAAUCAGUUCUCGUAAUUAUCAACAAAUUGUCGGACCGUACGAUCAACGGCGAAUUAUUAAAAUACCUAGCCAAGACCGCAAACGACGAGCAGCCUGGCAUCAGAACAAAUACUACCAUCUGUCUCGGAAAGAUCGCCAAGAAUCUAGGCGCGUCAUCGAGAACCAAAGUAUUAAUAGCCGCGUUCACUCGCUCGCUCAGGGAUCCGUUCGUCCACGCGCGCAACGCCGCGCUCAUGGCCUUAACAGCGACAGGCGAAUAUUUCACUGAGGAAGAUUGCGCUACAAAAAUCAUGCCCUCUAUUUGCCCAUCCCUGGUCGACAAGGAGAAGCUGGUCCGAGACCAGGCAAACAAGGCCCUGGAAGUCUAUCUCCAGCGGAUCCGCAAAGCCGCUGCUGCCAUGCCGGACACGGUCCAGCCGCCGCCCCAAAUCACCGAAGGUGCCGGGCCGCGCAUGAGCACCCCGCAGCCCAGCGAUGCUUCCUCAUGGGCUGGAUGGGCCAUCUCGUCCUUCACCAACAAGCUCUCCGCCGCCUCGGGCGAAAUGCAAACCGAGGCAACCAGCAGCAACAAUAAUAACAACACCAACCACGCCAACAACAACAACAACGGCUCAAUUCGGCAAUCACCCCGCGCCAUCUCCCGAACCAAUUCCCCCGAAUCCGCCCCCCGCGUCCAUUCCACCACCUCCUCGGCCUCCGCGCUCCAACGCCAAGCCGUCAAGUCGCCCUCUCCGGCGGCCGAAUCGUACUUCAAGGCCCCGACACCGGUAGACGACGCAGACGCAGACGACGGCGACGCGUGGGGCGACAUGGGCGACAUGGACGACGACGGGAACGCGUUCUUCGACGCGUCCAGCGAGCCCGCCAAGAAAGCACCAGCUACCACCAGCAGUACGUCCCAGCCCUUCGACGACGACGGCGCCGAACCCGAUUUCGCCGGGUGGUUGGCGGCGCAGUCGCAGAAGAAGAAGAGCGGCGGCGGCCUCGGAGGCGGCGCCGCAGGCAAGAGCAAGACGCUUCCCAAGGGCCUCGCGAAGGCGAACGGGAAGGGAGCCGCGGCGGCGGCGGGGGCGCCGAAGAAGGCGUUGCCCGCGAGGACGGUCUCGAAGACGGUGGUGCCGAAGAAGAUCGAUACGAAGCCUAAGGAAACGGACGAUGAUGAUGGGUGGGGAGACGGGUGGUAGCUUACCUACCUAGGUAUUUCGCAUUAUUAUAAUGUACUCGGUACUCGGUACUUAGGUAACCUAGGGUGAAGAGGUCGGGUGUGUUGCUUUGAAAAGUGAAGGGGGUAUUAGAGCAUGGCGUACGGAGUAUAGGAUUCAGCUAAGAACCAGGGUUUUUGGGUAGAUAUUAGGCAUCAGGCAUCGCUUUCUUCCGGUGUCCUGAUCUAUAUAGUAGUAGGAUUAAGUACGGUAGAUGUAGGGAUGGGAAUCAGAUUCUGCGGAGCAGAGUACUAUUAUUUCUAAUACCGAUAUUGAAGCGGUCUAGUUAAUGCGAAUAACGGAAAUCUUUCACAUAAUGAGUUGCAAAUACGA